AUGGUAGCGACCUUCUCUCCCCACCGCGACGCUGGUGGCACAUUACACCUAUCAUCGCAUUCGGGCAUUCACCACAUUGACGCCAAUACAGCCAUCCGGCAACUUCGUCGAUCAUUCUCGCGCUCACCCUCAAAAAGCUCAAGUUUCUCUCUUCUGACAUCUCGAAACCACUCUCCGUCUAAGAACACAUCAUAUGUCUCGUCACCAUUGUCACCGUCGCGAAGGUCGGCGCAAGGCAACUUCGUGCUCUUCCCAAGCUCAUCUCAACAGUCACCGUUCGCAAUACCUUAUCCUCCCAGCGCUAAGAUUUCGCGUCCUACUAUGCGCCGCGCGCGCACGUCUCCUCGGAGUCCAGUCAAACGCGCCCUUAACGUCUCAAGUGACCAGGGAAACGCGAAGCCUCUACAUGAGACCCCCGUUACACCUGGAGUAGAGAACUCCUCUACAAUCCCCGAAAUUAGCCUUUCACCUGACGAUAUUGGUGGUGGUUUCAGUACAUGCUCAAAUGAGUCAAGCAUCUACGCGGAGGGAACGCCAAAUCCACGUCCAUCGGCGUCCCGGAUUGAGAAACGACGAAGCGGUACGUUUAACUCGGCUGUCAGCCCGAUGAAACGAAGCGACGGGAUCAUGAAUCUAGACCGCGCGUCAAGGGGAAGUCCUUCCGCCAAACGACGAAGUGUUCAAGCAGUGAAUCUUCCUGGAGAUUUUAGUAUAUUUGAUAGCGAAAACGUCACAAAUACACCGGAAGAUCCGAAAACAGAAGAGACUGAUCUGGAGAAGGACGCAAUAUUCUUCCCUACUUCUACUACACCACCAUUUAGCCCUUUUGCGACCGUUCCAAGACGUACUUCAUCUCUCCGGCGGUCAACCCUGCAGCAGCGUUCCAACGACCGAUCCUUGUUUUCUCGACCUAGGACUAUGGGAGAUUCGGAGGACUUAGACGCAGGCACUCCUCUAACUGUUCGUUCCCGUCAAUCCUUGGACGCUAACACACCCCAACCCCAUCGCGAGAGCCUGUUCUCGCCACGGCCUGCGCAGGUCAGCUCCUUGUUUUCAAACUCGAAUGGGGCGACGUCCAGGCCCGCCGCCCACCCACUAUCCAGGACAAUUACACAAUCCUCAUCCAGUUCUAGCCUGGUAGAUGACUCUCCUACCCAUGAGCCUCCGCAGAAAAGUGAUCGCCCUAGAGCAAUUAUCAACUUCUCAAAAUCACUUCCAGCAGGUGCCACGCGGCCGAGCGGUGCACGCCAUCUCACCCGCGAAGAUUCAACAUCAUCAACGGACUCUUUCGCUACGCCUGAGAACUACAAACUUGUCAAACCGCUCCCAGCUGCGUUCAUGUCUACUGGCCUCAUCUCGAAGAAAAACCGCAAUGCCGACGAUUCUCAUAGCCUAUUAGGAUUUAGCAAGAACAUGCCCGACACCCCUUGCAAAAGGCCUGUCAAUCUCUUCGCUGCCAGUCAAAAGGCUCAACCAGAUGGACCACUUGGAAGGCCGGCUUGGAGCAAUGCUGUGGACAUGCCACCUCCAUCCCCCUUCAACCCAUCAAGCGCACGGCCUAAACAAGGCCCAUUUGCGCGAGGCAUGGGAAUAUUUGGGACUAACUUCAAUCGACAAGGGGCCUCGCGGCGUGGAAGCUUGGCUAGCAUUGAUGGCGAUGAUGGAUAUGGGCUACAGACACAAUCUCCCUCUAACCGUCAGAACAGCCAGCCACUCAGUGAAUCGGAUUUCCCUCCAACACCAACGAAACAAUCAUUUUUCCCGUCUCGAACCUACCCUCCUACUGCAUCACAAAUCGCUUCUCUCGAGCGUUUGUCCGAGGCAAGGGGCACCAAUUCCAGCCCUCUACAUGACAGAUUCCAACAUGAAUCACCUCGACCUAAUGACCGGCAAUCCGCCCAGCCAGACUUCAAUCCUUUAAACCUGCCAGCGACCCCGACCGGUCCUCGUGAUUCUUUCGUUGGAAAAAGGCCCAGUCUCCCAUUGAACAUACAUAAUACUCCCGACGUGGAUGCGUGCCUCACAUCUCGCUUUGAACGCGUGGAGCUUGUGGGCACUGGAGAGUUUUCGCAAGUUUACCGUGUUUCUCAGCCGAACGGAGUAUCUCUGCCAUCAAUAUUCUCGACUACCCCCAAGUCUUUAAACUCGCUGCCUGACCAGGUCUGGGCGGUUAAGAAGUCAAAACAACCUUACUCAGGCUUGAAGGACCGUGAACGCCGUAUUCGAGAAGUCGAUGCACUGAAGGCCCUUACCAACUACGACCAUAUUAUAUCAUUUGCCGACAGCUGGGAAGAUAAUGGACAUCUCUAUAUUCAAACAGAAUACUGCGAGGAAGGUAGUUUAGACGUCUUCCUUGCUCAAGUUGGACUCAAAGCAAGACUCGAUGAUUUCCGGAUUUGGAAGAUUUUGCUCGAGCUGUCUACGGGCCUGAAACAUAUCCACGACUCCGGGUUCAUUCAUCUUGAUCUCAAACCAGCCAAUAUACUGGUUACCUUUGAAGGUGUUUUGAAAAUUGCUGAUUUCGGCAUGGCAAGUCGGUGGCCAGCCGAAGAGGGGAUUGAAGGCGAAGGUGAUCGUGAAUAUAUCGGACCGGAGAUUCUGAUGGGAAGAUAUGACAAGCCUGCAGACAUCUUCUCACUGGGCUUGAUUAUAUUCGAGAUUGCUGGUAAUGUCGAACUUCCGGACAACGGCCUUUCGUGGCAGAAGCUCAGGAACGGCGACAUGAGUGAUGUCCCGAGUUUAACUUGGAGCUCCGAGACCACCGUUUUCCGCGACGCGUCAGGCAAUCCCAUUUCAGAGGAGCCAUCGUUUGAGGAACUGUGCGCGUCGGACUUUGGGGACGACGAUUUUGGCACAACUGAUCUCUUUGGCAGCAAUAGGGAACGAAAGCCAGUCCCAUUCACCCGUAGUAGUGAGCUCGCAGACCCUCCCGCCUUUAUGAUCGAUGCCGGCCAUGAGCAGUCGCUUGAUAAGAUCGUGCGGUGGAUGAUCUCCCCUGAACCGCUUGAUAGACCCACAGCUGAUCACAUUCUGGAGUCUUAUGGAGUCCAAUUUGUCGCAUCACGGCGUCGAGCUGGCGCCACCGUGUACGAGGGCAACUGGGGCCCUGCCGAUGAUGUUCUUGCGGAAGAUGCCGAAAUGAUCGAUGUUUGA